CCAAUCUCAACCGUGUGCUGUCUCUUAUGAGACAUUAUUCAAGUAUAAAAGCCACAGCAUCAGAGUAACGUUUAUCAGAGACAAUACAGAAUUGCAAGAUGUUCAACAACAGCACAAUUUUUGCUGAAGAAAACCAAACAGAUCAGACUCAAUACUCGUCGGAAAGCCAGUUUUGUUCCUUUUUACAACAAGUGCAAAAGGGAAGCGACAUCUCUUUUCCAGACUUCAGAGCGGUCUCUAUCUUCAUAGCGAUUGCGAACGCUCUCCUAGCGUUGUUCGCUAUACUCGGAAACAUCGUGACAAUCGCAGCUUUUUCUCGAUGUGUUCAGUUAAGAACACCAUCUAACUUACUCUUGCUUGGUUUGUCAGUCUGUGACUUGUUAGUUGGGUUAGUUACUCAGCCUGUUUUUACAGCCGAAGUCGCUUUAGUUGCCGCAAACUCAGACGUGGCUUGCCACCUAAAAGAUCUUUAUGUCAUUUUCUUGUUCUCAUUUUCAUCCUCCUCAGUGAUGCAUGUUUGCUUGAUCAGCGUCGAACGUUCAUUUGCCAUAAUGUUCCCUUUUAAACAUGAGCAUCUUGUGACAACCAAGAGAGUUCAAUUCCUGUUGGUAGUAUUUUGGAUUUUUUGGGCGUUGGUGACCGUGUUCACCAGACGCAAUCAUGGUGCAGGCAUCAUUGGCUACUCACGCAUAGCGUUCAUUGUUUUCAGCGCUUUGGUGGUGCUUGUUUUGAACAUUCGACUUUGGAUAGAAGCUCGAAGACAUUCUAGGAAGAUUGAAAGCUCUACAGGAAACCCCAAUACCUCUACCAAUGAAGAGAAUUGCACGCGGGCACAAAGAAAAUCCUUGCGCGACAGCAAGGCAGCUAAAACAGUUUUGUUAAUCAUCGGAUUCAUGGUUACAUGCAAUUUACCACUCAUAGCAACAUUCACUGCACGUAAGUUUUACAAUCUACGAGGACGAGUAAUGACUUUACUUUGGUUCGCUUCUAACACAGUCUUAUUAAUGCCUGCCAUAUUAAACCCAGGUGUUUAUUUCUGGCGCAAAAAGGACUUCAGGAUUUCUGUGAAAAGAAUGUUCGGCUGGCAGAAUGCUGUUGUAGCACAACAUUGAGAAACAAAGUGGUAUUAUUCAAGAUGAAAGAAACCAAAGACAAGCAUUUGUACCACAAAGGGUGGUCAAUCCCCUUUACGAGUAUAAGCAUAUAAUCUCAAUUAAUCUGUAGCUCUUGCAAUUGAAUAACUAGCUCUUCACUGAAAGUGUUCCGUUGACUAGGGUUUAAGCCUCUUAGCGUAGCACGUCACUCUCAAAAAGCGGGAAUAUUGGUGGAUAAUAAUGAAUCCACCAAUAGGGGAAUCCUUGUUUACAAC